AUGGCUUCGCUGUCAAGCCAACCGUCCAAGAAGAUUAGGAGUCCCAGAGAUUCGGGCAACUCCAGCCACCACCAACACCAGAACAGCAGCGGGAGCGGGUCCCGAGGCGGGCAGACAGUGAAAUUUGCAAGGAGGACAUCGAGCGGGCGGUAUGUCAGCCUGUCCAGGGAGGACCUUGACAUGUCCGGGGAGAUUGCGGGCAGUGGCGACUACAUGAACUACACCGUUCACAUCCCCCCCACCCCAGACAACCAGCCUAUGGACUCCUCGGUCGCUGUCAAGGCCGAGGAGCAGUACGUGUCCAAUUCGCUCUUCACUGGAGGUUUCAACAGCGUGACCAGGGCGCACCUCAUGGAUAAGGUCAUCGACUCCGAGGUCUGCCACCCCCAGAUGGCCGGCUCCAAGGGCUCCACCUGCGCCAUGCCUGCUUGCGAUGGCAAGAUCAUGAAGGAUGAGCGGGGCCAGGACGUGACACCUUGUGAAUGUCGGUUCAAAAUCUGUAGGGACUGCUAUCUCGAUGCGCAGAAAGAGAAUGGGAUAUGUCCUGGUUGCAAGGAGCCUUACAAGUCGGCAGACUAUGAUGAUGACAUUGAGUACUCGAAUGGAAUGCUGCAGCUGCCACCAGGGGAGAGCAGGAACAACAACAUGACCAUGAUGAAGCAGAACCAGAAUGGGGAGUUUGAUCACAACCGAUGGCUCUUUGAGACCAAAGGUACGUAUGGAUACGGGAGCGCCUUCUGGCCCCAGGACGAUAUGUACGGUGAUGAUGGGGAUGAUGGCAUUCCUGGAGGGAUUAUGGACCCUGCUGAUAAGCCCUGGAAACCUCUCAGCCGGAAGCUUCCGAUCCCUGCCGGUAUUAUAAGCCCCUACAGGUUGUUGAUGGUCGUUCGUCUAGUGGUCUUGGUUUUCUUUCUGCAUUGGAGAAUUGUGCACCCGAACGAAGACGCAGUGUGGCUGUGGGGAAUGUCUGUGGUGUGCGAGGUGUGGUUCGCGUUCUCGUGGAUCCUGGAUCAGGUCCCAAAGGUCUGCCCAGUGAACCGAGCAACUGACCUUCAGGCCCUCCAUGACAAGUUCGACACGCCCUCCCCCUCCAACCCCACCGGCCGCUCUGACCUUCCUGGUGUCGACCUCUUCGUCUCCACUGCCGACCCGGAGAAGGAGCCGCCCCUUGUUACCGCCAAUACUAUCCUGUCCAUCCUAGCCGUCGACUACCCUGUGGAGAAAACUGCAUGCUACAUCUCUGACGAUGGUGGUGCGCUGCUGACCUUUGAGGCAAUGGCAGAGGCGGCCAGCUUUGCGGACCUGUGGGUACCCUUCUGCCGGAAGCAUGACAUUGAACCGAGGAACCCUGAAACCUACUUCAGCAUGAAGACUGACCCGACCAAGAACAAGAGCCGGUCGGACUUCGUGAAGGACCGGAGGAAGAUGAAGAGGGAGUACGAUGAGUUCAAGGUGAGGAUCAACGCGCUACCUGACUCGAUCCGCAGGAGGUCAGACGCGUUCAAUGCGAGGGAGGAGAUGAAGAUGAUGAAGCACUUGAGGGAGAGUGGAGCUGACCCCCUCGAACCCAUCAAGGUCCAGAAAGCCACAUGGAUGGCCGAUGGAACACACUGGCCCGGCACCUGGGCUGUCUCAGCUCCCGAGCACGGCAAAGGCGACCAUGCCGGAAUUCUUCAGGUAAUGCUGAAGCCCCCAAGUUGUGAUCCUCUACUGGGAAAUGCAGAAGAUAAGCUCAUAGACUUCACGGACGUGGACACGAGGCUUCCCAUGUUCGUGUAUGUAUCGCGUGAGAAACGGCCGGGAUAUGACCACAACAAGAAAGCUGGAGCCAUGAAUGCUCUUGUACGAGCAUCUGCCAUUCUGUCCAAUGGACCUUUCAUCCUCAACCUUGACUGUGAUCACUACAUCUACAACUGUAAGGCCAUCCGUGAAGGGAUGUGCUUUAUGAUGGACAGAGGCGGUGAAGACAUAUGCUACAUUCAAUUCCCGCAAAGGUUCGAGGGUAUCGAUCCUUCUGACCGAUAUGCCAACCGCAACACCGUGUUUUUCGAUGGGAACAUGCGUGCCCUCGAUGGUGUGCAGGGUCCUGUGUAUGUGGGCACCGGAUGCAUGUUCAGGCGGUUCGCGCUAUACGGCUUCAAUCCACCGGAUACGAAGAAAUUGGAGACCAUCAAGACCGAUUCGGAGAUGCAGGCCCUGAAUGCUUCCGAGUUCGAUCCUGAUCUUGAUAUGCAUUUACUGCCCAAGCGGUUUGGAAACUCCACAUUGCUGGCAGAGUCCAUCCCAAUCGCUGAGUUCCAAGGCCGUCCUCUUGCAGAUCAUCCUGCAGUGAAGUUUGGGAGGCCACCAGGCCUUCUCAGGGCCCCACGAGACCCACUCGAUGCCGCUGUUGUAGCAGAAGCCGUAUCUGUCAUAUCCUGUUGGUACGAGGACAAAACCGAAUGGGGCGAUCGUGUUGGCUGGAUUUAUGGCUCCGUGACAGAGGAUGUCGUGACAGGCUAUCGGAUGCACAACCGUGGGUGGCGGUCGAUAUACUGUGUCACCAAGCGUGACGCAUUCCGUGGGUCAGCUCCAAUCAACCUGACAGACCGGCUUCACCAGGUUCUGAGGUGGGCCACAGGAUCAGUUGAGAUCUUCUUCUCCCGGAACAAUGCCUUCCUCGGCACCCGGAAGCUCAAGUUCCUCCAGCGCCUGGCCUAUCUCAACGUUGGGAUCUACCCUUUUACGUCCAUAUUCCUCAUUGUCUACUGCUUUCUUCCUGCCCUGUCCCUGUUCUCCGGGAACUUCAUCGUGCAGACCUUGAAUGUCACAUUCCUCGUCUACUUGUUGAUCAUCACUAUCUGCCUCAUCAUGCUUGCCGUCCUUGAGGUGAAAUGGUCCGGGGUGGCCCUGGAGGAGUGGUGGAGGAACGAGCAGUUCUGGCUCAUCUCCGGAACAAGCUCCCACCUGGCUGCAGUGGUCCAGGGCCUCCUGAAGGUCAUUGCCGGGAUUGAGAUCUCCUUCACCUUGACCUCCAAGUCAACAGGAGAAGACGACGAUGACAUUUAUGCAGAUCUGUACCUCGUGAAGUGGACCUCCCUCAUGAUCCCACCAAUCGUUAUCGCUAUGAUCAACAUCAUCGCCAUCGCCUUUGCAUUCGCUAGGGAGAUCUACAGCACGGUUCCUAAGUGGAGUAAGUUCGUCGGAGGAGCUUUCUUCAGCUUCUGGGUGCUGGCACAUUUGUACCCUUUCGCCAAGGGCCUGAUGGGGAGAAGAGGGAAGACUCCGACUAUUGUGUUCGUGUGGUCUGGUCUAAUUGCGAUAACUAUCUCACUGCUUUACAUUGCCAUCAACCCACCCAAGGGAGGUACAGCAGAAACAGUUGGAGGCGGUUUCCAGUUCCCAUGAGCCGACGUAAAGGAAGUGUUUGAAGUUCUCUCUCUUGAAGUGAAUAUGGUUCUUUCUUCCAAUGAUCUCAGGCUACCAGACAAGGACAGUUUUAGGAACAGAAGAUUCAUUUACGAAGAUCGGUGGAUUCAUUUCAGUUCAUGAACAGGGAAGCUGAUUGCUGUUAUGAUUUCGGGUAUUGAACACAGGGAAGGAUAAAUCUGCUUGGGCCUGAGGGUUCUUGGAUGAUUUAGGAGUGCAAAUUUUCGGAUGAUUUAGGAGUCCGAAGACUGAUUAUGAUCAGUAGGGGAAAGAAUUUAUGGCAGUCUUCACAUGAAGAAUUUUUUUUGUUUUUUAAUUUGUCGACGUGCAAUAGAGGUCUCGGCACCUGCUUAAAACUUCCAGUACUUUGUGUUCUUUAUAUACAUUUUUGUUAGCUGUAA